CAUUCUUUCAACUAUCCUCAACUUUUUUUCAGGCUCUUGGAAUAUAAGCAACUUUUUGAAUUUGUUCAAUUGAUCUUACAGAUAAUAUGAUGAAGAAAAUAGUUGCAUUAGAUCUGGAUCACACACUUGUUUACGCAAGAAGCGGUUAUUUUGCACAGAGAAACCAUUAUGAUUUUAUGAUUAGGGGUGGAUGUUUUAAAAGCUGGUAUGUACAGAAAAGGCCUCAUGUGGACAGACUAUUGACAGAACUGGCAAAAAAUUAUAAAAUCAUAGUUUUCACUGCAGCCACCAAAGAUUAUGCAGAUGCUAUUCUGGAUAAACUUGAUGUUAAUAAUGUCAUAGACGUUCGACUGUACAGAGAUUCGUGUACUAGAAUGGGAAGGGCAUUAGUAAAAGAUCUUGCUAAGCUUGGGCAAGAACUGAAGAAUGUUAUUUUAGUUGAUGAUAAUCCUGUUAGCUAUAAACUUCAACCAGAGAAUGCAUUUCCAGUGGAGGCUUUUACUGGUGAUUUAUCAGACAAGCAGCUUUUGGAAGUCAUAGAUUUUUGUGACAAAGCAACAACUUGUAAAGAUAUGAGGGAAGCCAUAUGGAAACACAGGAAUGAGUUAAAAAUUGUUAUAGAUUGAGAGGGUGAAUGAAUUUACUGUAAAAAUUGCAUAUUAUCUUUUAUGUGCUUUCAUCUCUUCUAGGUCUCCUCCACCACCCAGAAGAUCAGUCAUGCAUACAUAUUGCUCCAUUCUGGCUCAAUGUAAUAGGAUUGAUGCACUUUCUGUAUCAGUCACAA